GCCCCGCCCCGUGAAAACGACGUGCAUUCCAAGUGCAGUGGGUUGUAUUGUCGGAAGUGUUAUCUCCCCUGAAAAUCGCCUUACCCAUUCUGACUUAAUAUUUAUACAGCCUUUUAUGUUCGUACACUUGUAUUGAGAAAUCUCUUCCCAAGAGCAAAAAAAAACCCAUUGGCGUUGUUUGGAGCUGAAUAUUCACAUACGAUGGGAUAUAAGGUGCUCACUGUUGCGCUUUUCCUGUGUCUUAUGAAGCGUGUCUAUGUCAGAGCACAAUGUUCAAAACCUCAUUUUGAAGGGAAUGUGGUCUUAUCAGACAAAGACAUCUCAACAAAUGAUUUCCCGGAUGGAUCCCAAGUAACGUUUAUGUGUAUACGUGGAUACGUACCAGUUGUCACAGGAACUUCUAAAUUGGUUACCUGUAAUGGAAACAAAUGGACAGAACUUGCUCUCAGCUGCACAAGAAAAUCUUGUGGAAGUCUUCCAGAGUUCCCUAAUGGGAGAUAUAUAAUACCUAACGGUAUUUUGUUUGGUGACUCGGUUACAGGAGUUUGUGACAAAGGAUAUAUGAGUAUGAGUUUUGGGACAAAUCAAAGAACGUGUCGAGCUGAAGGCUGGGAUGGUAGAGCUCCUGAGUGUGAAGCGGUGACAUGUCCGUCACCUCGCGUAAUAGACAAUGGGCGGUUUGAUGGGCAGGAAGAUACAGAUAGACAAUAUGAAUAUGAAGAUGGGGUGUCCUACAGAUGUAACUCUGGGUUUUACCUGAUUGGAAGUGCAGUAUUAAGAUGUUCUGAUGAUGGAGCUUUUCAGCCAGAGCCACCAAAAUGUAUUGUUGUAUCAUGUCUAGCGCCGAACGUCCCAAAUGGGUAUCGAGCGGGUGGAAAAGCACCUCCAUACACUCUGAAUAACUUUAUAGAUUACAAGUGUUCAAAUGGCUAUGACAUGAUUGGAGAAUAUUCUAUUCGGUGUACAGCAAAUGGAUGGAGUCCUGAACCACCGCGGUGCAUUGGGUACUGUGAACCACCUGUGUUUGAAGGGCAUGUCACCAUAUCCAAAGCAUCUGACUUAAAUCAGAAAUACCAUGAAGGAACCAGUGUAACAUUUGAAUGUAAAUCUGGAUAUAAACCAGUCGAUUCCGAAGCUUCUAAUACAGCUAUAUGUGAAGGCAAGAGGUGGACUGCUCUGAAACUGACAUGCAAAGGAGAAUAUUGUGAGCCGCCUGCGUUUGGAGGGCCUUUCACCAUAUCCAAGCCAUUUGAUUCAAUGACUAAAUUCCUUGACGGAUCCAGCGUAACAUUUGAAUGUAAAUCUGGUUAUGAACCAGUUGAUUCAGAAGCUUCUAAGUUAGUUACCUGUGUGGACACCAAAUGGACAGAUCUCCAGCUCACAUGCAAAGGGUAUUGUGGACCACCUGUGUUUGAAGGGCAUGUCAUAGCCAAACAAUUAAACUCAAUAAAUAAAUUCCUUGAUGGAUCCCAUCUAGAAUUUGAAUGUAAAUCUGGUUAUAAACCAGUUGAUUCAAAAGCUUCCAAGUUAGUUACAUGUAAGGACACCAAAUGGACUGAUCUACAGCUCACAUGCACAGACAGUGAUUCUAACUCUACUCCCUCAUCUGGACUAUCGCCUGGUGCGAUAUUCGGGAUUGUGUCGCUUUUUGUGGCUGUGGUUGUGAUUCCGGCUGUGAUUGUAUUUUUCAUCAAGAAGAACAACUCAAAACACAAGUAUUCACAAAAGGUGGCAACUAGAAAUGAAGACCGAGAUUUACCACUUGAAUGAUCUGAUAAAAAUCCUUCACGAAGUCCUUGAGGAGAAAAUCUUAACCACUAUGUGAAGAUGCCUCAAAAUGUAUCGUUCACACAAGCACGUUUCAGGAUUCCUUUUUAACACAAUCUUCUCUAGAAUAAUCAGACAAUGUUGUGUGGAGUAUCCUAGGUUGUUUUUACUUCAUUUUUCAAAGUUAAUGUGUUCUGCAUUCUCUUUUUCCUGGAACAGAUCUCCACACAAUUUUGGGUAACUUUACUUUUAUUAAGUGUUAUAAAACAUACAAAUCUAAUUUCCUGUAUAACUAGGCAAUGAUUUUGUGAUUACAUUUCUUUCCGGAAACCAAGUCAAAAUGCUUCUUACUGCUACUCAGUUUAAAGCAAUUGAAAUUUUAAGCAUUCUAGUUUGUCAACCCCUAGAUCAUAUAAACACAACUAAAUACUGUACAUAGGAGAUUCAUUUGGAGAAAAUAAUGGAAGGAGUGCGUGGAUUAAUGCAGAUUGUGAUUUGCUGUGCAAAUUUGGUUAACUCUAUAAAUGUAUUGAAAGUGCCUUUUCAGUUGAGUAGAAUAGAACACAAGGUUUCCAUUUUGCUGUGUUUUUAGCACUAAACAUUAUCCAGAUGCUACUGUACAUAGUAAGGCCACAAUACAGUUAGCUGUUCUUAGAUCUAUUAGAGAGAGGAUGGAGGAUUUUUCUUCUUCUCUUUAAUGUCAGUCUGUCUAUUUAUGUUAUUUAAAGUUGUUGAAUGAACAUACUCAAGGCCAAAAUAAGACUAUUUUUUCCCCUGUACAGUUAUAUGAUUGGUUUUCGAAUUUUUGUAAAAGGCUUUGCCUGCAGCAUUGUAAAAAUUAAAAAAUUGUGAAUGAAAAAGUGCAUCUUUAAAGUGAUCAGUUGUAGGGCUGUAAAUUCUGGAAUUAUUAAUAUUCAUAAAAAUAAAUCAACAUCAUUUUUUCCAUAUAGCUAAGGCAUGUUCUCUUUCACAUGGAUAAAUGUGUUUUGCUAUACCAAAGGCAGAAUAAUAUAAUUGGGCUUGGGGAACAAGCUGUUCCUUUAUAUUAGCAGCAUAACUGUUUGUUUCAUAAUCACUGUGGACCCAAGAAGCAACUAGAGCCACAUCUGCACUUCAACGUAUUGAUUGUAAGACUAAAUAAAGAUACGCUUUCCAAAUAAAGAUA